AUUUCUUGGGUCUGUCUCCAUGCUACAGGAUCGAUAUGGACUCGCGCUUAUAUUAAGAGCGCUAUCUAAUAGAUAAAGAAAUUGGCGCUUACGGGCAUAGCCGAAGUGCUCGCUACAAACCGCCUGGACGCGAGGUCGACUUUCGUACUCGUUCGCAUUGCUGCUCGUAUCUCGGACUUUGAUCAGACGACUACUGUGUGCACAACAUUUCUCAUGGCGACUGUUCAUCAUUCUCCAAAUCCUGUGGAGACUUGUACUUUUGAAACCCUUCUGCCAGCUCUACAAAUGAGGCUACCCCUCUCAGCCGUUGAGAAUGAGCUAUUAUGGCAAUAUAUCACAUGACGAGACUCGGAGAAAAAAAUUGCAUACUCGACGACCUCAUCGCAAGACGAAGACAGGCUGUGCGACUUGCAAGAAGAGAAAGAGAAAAUGCGAUGAACAGAGACCUGAGUGCGAGAACUGCAUAAAGCACUCUUUGAAUUGCGAUUAUGCUCCUAGUCAACCAACUCUCUUGCCAGCAGUAUCUCUUGCUACAAGUCCUGCACCACUUCUAAAUCUUUUUGAUCUCGAAUUGCUGCACCAUUUUUGUACUUCAACAGCUAUAUCAUUGAAGGAAGAUGUAACAAUGCACACUCUGUGGAGCACGAACGUGCCGAAACUUGGAUUCGAGUAUGACUAUGUCAUGCACGGGAUUCUCGCCGUGGCUGCGCUUCAUCUAGCUCAUUCCUCCCCCCAUAGGAAAGAUGCAUGCAUAGCCCACUCAAGGCUGCAUCACCAUGCCGGACUACAGAAAGGCACACCCGCCCUAUCGACAUUUUCAGAUGAAAGUGCGUCAGCCAUCUACAUCUUUUCGGCGAUGACGACGUUGUACAAUUUUGCAACCACACGCAUUGACUCGGUCUCAACCUUUGAUGAAGGCGUUGCACAAUGGAUCGUUCUUUGCCGUCAAAGUUACGGAAUCGUUAGGAUUGCUGAAAAGGUCCUAUAUGAGGGUCCUAUCGGCUAGAUGUUUAAGAAGGGAUACCUGGCCCUGAUCACCUCAGAGAAUUCUCAGCUCAUGUCAGUGAAACAACCGAGAAUCUUUUUACCAGAAAUGCAUGUACAGACGCUAUUUC